AUGGAGAGAGUAUUUAAGAAAUUACAUUGCACAGAUGAUUUGAAGUUCAAAUACUCAGUUUUUUUAAUGCAAGGGGACACUUAUGAAUGGUGGAAGACCAUUCCCCACAGGCUGGUAGAGUCCCCGGUGUUGACAUGGGAAGACUUCCUUAGGGAAUUUCGAGAGAAGUAUGUUUCGGAUACAUAUGUGGAUAUGAAGCUUCAAGAGUUUUUGAGUUUGAAGCAAGAGGAUAUGACUGUGGUAGAGUAUGAGAGGGAGUUCUCUUGCCUGAGUCACUAUGCUGGAGUUUACUCACCACUAGCAGGGAUAGAUGCAAGCAAACUGAUAUCCCGAGCACUAGAAUUAGAGAGGAUUGAGUUAAAAGGGGCUGUUAAAAAGGGAAUAGAAGAAAAAGAGAAAAGUGGGAAGACUUCAGGUCAAAGCUCAAGUAGCAAUCCGGGUAAGAGAAAGAGUUUUGGGGGACCGAGCAGCAGAGGAUCUGGUAGGGGAAGAUUCUCAGGACAGAGGCCACCUAGAUCUGGUCAACAGACAUCCAAGGGUUUCUUUCCUAUCCAUACCUGUGAAACCAGUGGCAAGACUCAUGGAGGAGUAUGUUAUAAGGCCACAGGAGCCAACUAUAAUUGUGGUGGAAGUGGGCAUUUUACUAGGGAUUGCACUAGUGCGCGCAGAUCUGGGCCACCUACCACCACUGAGGGGUCUGCUCAAGGUUCUGCUUGUAGAGGACAACAAAUAGUUAGUAGAGGCCGAGGCAGGGGUAGAGGCAGCACUUCUGGCAGCUAG